GAGCCCCCACGAAUGCGAAUAGUCGUAGGGUCGGGCUAGAUCAUAAGCCCUAACGGUCGUCUGUAAGCCGUAAGCAUUUUCGCAUUGUCAUGUAAGAGCUUAAUUCAUCAGGAACGAAGCUGACUGCUUGAGCUGUUCGGCUCCUUCAAUGGGGCCAUUGGGCAUGAGAGUGGCAUUCAUGAUGAGAGAGGUGGCAGCCAUUGCCAGCCGAGCGCAAUAAAAGCCCCGUGUCUGGCUUGGUUCUAUCAUUCAAGUCUGUCCGCCUGAGCUUCGCAUGAGCACCGGUCAACAACAUGUCUGCCCUCUCUCUCCUCCCGCUGGCCACUGCCACUCUCUUCACGGCAGGUGUUUCUGCCAGCACAAUUCACGCUAGAAACUCCUCUAGCCAGAGCGCACCUGUGGCCUACAUUUGUGGACCCAAGACUGCCAACAUCACCUGCAUCAAUCGAUACCAGAGUGUUCUCCCUCCGUCUUUCUCGCGCGACGCCGAUCCAACUGUCGGAUACUCUGGCACAUUGGUCCCUGAUGACCCGUCAUGGGCAUCCCUCGUCCCCGACGCAGAUUUCGUUAUUUUCGACAAGAAGCGCGGACUCGAGCUGCUGGGCGCGUCUCCGAAAAUCAUCCACAACUACAUCCCCGUGCUGAAUGUCAUCCACGAAGCCCCGAUCUAUGUUCCCGAGAUCAACAAGCUGUUCACCACCCAAGAUGGACCUCCGGGGAAUCUGACCAACAUCAUGAUCGAUUUGAAUGUCGAUCCUCCCAAGGUUGAGGCCUUCGUGACGGACCCACCCAUUUACCAACCAACAGGAGGUAUCCUGCAUGAUGGAAUGAUCUACUGGGCCGUCCAGGGCAACAACGUGACUCUUCCCAAUGGACUGAAGCAGCGUCCUGGUGUCGCGAGGGUUGAUCCCAAGACUCUCAAGGCCGAAUGGCUGCUGAACAACUACUACGGAUUCUUCUACGGAGGCUUGAAUGACCUGACGGUCGACAAUGUCGGCGACGUCUGGUUUACUGACAGCGACUACGCCUACGGCCUGGGCCUCUCCAACAUGUCCAACCAAAACCAACUAGCCACAUACCGUUUCCGCCCAUCCACCGGCGAAGUCCAAAUCGCCGACGCCAGCCUCCAGCACCCCAACGGCAUCACCUUCUCCCGAGAUGGCAAAACCCUCUACGUGACAGACUCGGGCCUGGAAACGGUCGGCCCGGACGCCAGCACGCAGGGCUUCUACGACUACCCAAUUCGGAUCUACUUCACGUCGACGAACGCGCGCAACGUGUAUGCGUGGGACGUGGAGCGCACUACUGAUACGGGAGCGCCGAUUCUCAAGAACAAGCGAAACAUCUUUCAGUCGCUGGAGGGAAGUCCCGAUGGGAUCAAGGUGGCGGCUAAUGGGUAUCUGGUUGUUGGGUCGGGGUUGUCGAAUGGAGUUGAUAUAUUGGAUCAGCAUGGAUCGGUUAUCGCGAGGAUUCAGACGAAUCAUCCGGUUGAGAAUAUUGCGUGGGCCGGCGAGGAUUUGAAGACGCUGUUUUUGGUGGGAAUUGGAGGAAUCACCAAGGUGGAUUUCGAUCUGCAGGGGCCAGAUCCGAAUAAUUACUUUGUUAAAUAGAGGCUUUCCGAGUUCACCGUGGACAAGCUAGAUUAAUAGAUAGUCCUAUUUAUGGCAUUGUCCAUGGUAGAAACAGUAAUGGCCUUUAUGAAGUGUACGGAGUGGAAAUUGUGCCCAAGAACAUGAUGAGACAGUAUCGCACGAGAUAAUGAAAGAAGGUACUUGAGAUACCCUGCUUCUAGACUUUUCAAGAUUUAGGAAAAUUAUCUAAGGACUGCCGGCAAAUUGACAAUAUCCGAUCUAUGUGACUACACUUAGAAAGUAGAAUGAACCUACCUACAUCUCACAUCUCACAAAUGUACAUUACAAACGCAUCCGACUAGCCUCAUGCCGGCACAUGGCUGCUGCGGCAUAUCGUGAUGCUGUAAAGUUCCAGGCGGGCCUUUCUCGUAUUUUUGACACGGACACGAGAGCCAGUCAUGCAAGAAUCAUGAAUAUUUCUCAACCACGGCGGGUGUCAGCGUGGGGAAUUUCUAUAAGCGCUAGUGUCUGGAG